AUGCAGGUGAAAGGUCAACUGUUAGACAAAAUGGACGUCAAUCAGGCUAAACAGGAGCAUCUUCUCGCACUGAAGGUGAUGCGUCUGACCAAACCCACGCUGUUCACAAACAUGCCUGUGACGUGUGAGGACCGAGACCUGCCAGGUGAUCUCUUCAGCCGGCUCAUGAGGGAGGACCCAUCUACUAUAAAGGGGGCGGAGUCUCUGAUGCUCGGCGAGAUGCUCACACUGCCUCAGAAUUUUGGAAACAUCUUCCUGGGCGAGACUUUCUCCAGUUACAUCAGCGUCCACAACGACAGCACUCAGAUGGUAAAGGACAUCCUAGUGAAGGCCGACCUCCAGACCAGUUCUCAGAGGUUAAACCUUUCUGCCUCCAACUCCGCCGUGUCGGAGCUCAAACCCGACAGCUGCAUCGAUGACGUCAUUCACCACGAGGUCAAAGAGAUCGGCACUCACAUCCUGGUGUGUGCAGUCAGCUACACCACUCAGACCGGAGACAAACUGUACUUUAGGAAGUUUUUCAAAUUCCAGGUUCUCAAGCCUCUGGAUGUGAAAACCAAGUUCUACAACGCAGAGAGUGACCUGAGUUCUGUGACUGACGAGGUUUUCCUGGAGGCUCAGAUCCAGAACAUCACCACCUCGCCCAUGUUCAUGGAGAAAGUGUCUCUGGAACCUUCCAUGAUGUACAACGUCACUGAACUCAACACCGUGUGCUCAGGAGAGGAGCGCGAGUCGACGUUUGGGAAGAUGUCGUACCUGCAGCCCAUGGACACGCGGCAGUACCUGUACUGUCUGAAACCCAAGCCGGAGUUCGCAGAGAAGGCCGGGGUCAUUAAAGGGGUCACGGUCAUCGGCAAGCUGGACAUUGUGUGGAAGACAAACCUGGGGGAGAGGGGACGCCUACAGACCAGCCAGCUGCAGAGAAUGGCUCCAGGUUACGGAGACGUUCGACUGUCGCUGGAGUUCGUCCCAGACACGGUGAACAUGGAGGAGCCGUUCGACAUCACCUGUAAAAUCACAAACUGCAGUGAGCGCACCAUGGACCUGCUCCUGGAGAUGUGUAACACUCGCUCAGUGCACUGGUGUGGAGUUUCGGGCAGACAGCUGGGCAAACUGGGUCCCAGUGCGUCUCUGUCCAUCCCACUGCAGCUCCUGUCCUCCGUACAGGGACUCCAGAGUAUAUCAGGCCUGAGGCUCACAGACACCUUCCUGAAGCGGACGUACGAGUACGACGACAUCGCACAGGUGUGUGUGGUGUGUCCGUACCUGAGCCCUGAGACCUGAGGCUCCUCCCACUUCCUGUACCGGUAACCUGCACCUCCAUGGACCAACUGCAUCACCACUUUUUACCCGAUCAGCUGACCUUCUUCUUCUUCUUCUUCUUUUAAAGUGUGUGCUUUUAAAGCCCUCCUCUGAUUUUAAGUCUGUGUAAAUGUUAAUAAAGGAGAGGACUCGAGCGAGCCCAGACGUCAGUACAGAGGAAUAACUCGUGUCCAUCAGCAGCUCAUUAAACGUUUAGGGACGCAGGACCUUUAACAUGUCUUCUGUGGAUCUGCAGAGACGUGAACACAAUCUCUCACACGUCGACACACACACCUCUGUGGCGUUCUCAGAGAGAGAGAGGACGCGUGUGUUAGAUUUUAAUCAUUGGCAAAAUAGUCACACAGUUUUUCUCAGAAUAAACCUUCUAGUCUUUUAAAGCAGCUGUAUGUAAUGUUUAUUGCCCUCUGCUGUGAACUGCAGAUCUUAGGCAAAGCACUAAUGAAGACCGUUCCAACCGUUCUCUGUGGGCGGGGCUUAACAGAUUUCUCCCAGGAGUCUGAACUGUAGUCGCAAUCGAUGCAUCUGAAACCUUACACAUGGCCGCUUUAAUCGAGUACACGAUUGUGUUUGUCUUCCCAAACUUUUAAUGAGCAAAGAAGAGUUGUGUAAAAGUGUAAAUACAUGAAACUUGGGCUUCUACAGAGAUAUAAAGAGCAUCAAGCUGUUAAUGAGUUAAUGAUUCCUAAUUAAUAUUUAAUCACUCUGUCAAUCCUGUGCUGAAAAAAUAAACACACAAUAAAUUCCA